CGCAUAGCAAUAGUCUCCGACGAGGAAGCUGUAAUCUGGAGAGGGACGAGGCUUCCUCCAUCGGCCCGUUUCUCUCUCUCGCUCUGUGCCUGCCCCUUCUCAACCUAAACCUUGUGUGCAUUAAUUAUAUAGGGGCGAAUGGGAAGGCUUAAUCGUAUCAUGUUGACGAGGGCCACCGUCGUUGCUGCUCCCACUGUCCUCUACGUAUCCAGAGAGACCAAACAUCGAAGACUCCUCUUUCUCCCCCGCGCCAUCUCCCACUACUCCCACGAACUCACCGCGCCCAUCGACGCCGACGGAGGCGGCGACUAUGAAGGCGGCAAUGCCGCCUUAAUCCAAGCUCUGGAUGACUGCCGCUCCCCGCGCACCUUGCGGUCGCUCCACUCCCGCCUCCUCCACCGCCCGCGUCUCCUCUCGGACCCCGCCGUCCAGAUCAAGCUCAUGCGCGCCCUCGCCUCGUGCGGAGACCCCCACGGGGCCCGCCGCGUGUUCGACGGUGCGCCCCAUAAGAACGCCGUCUUCUUCAACGUCAUGAUCCGGAGCUACGUCAACCACGGGCUCCACGGCCACGCCUUCCGCCUCUUCGCCGACAUGUCCCUGCGCCAUCACGUGAAGCCCGACAAUUACACAUUCCCUUGCGUCCUCAAGGCCUGCGCUGGCUCCGACCACCUCGCCGGCGGGCUUCAACUCCACGGAGCCGUUACCAAGCUUGGCCUCGACACCAAUAUCUUCGUGGGCAACACGCUUAUCGCCUUGUACUGGAGGUGCGGGGGAUUGUCAGACGCCUUACGCGUGUUCGAUGAAAUGCCGACUAAGGAUGUUGUGUCUUGGAACGCGAUGAUUGCUGGGUAUGCACAGAACGGCCAGUACGACCGUGCUAUCGAGCUCUGCGAGAAGAUGGUUGCACUGCGGAAGCCGAAACCUGAUGCCGGUACUAUGGCGAGUAUCUUGCCUGCUAUGUCAAACACCAAUCAGAGUGCUAUGUCAAACACCAAUCAGACCGAUAUACAUCUUAUAAGAAAAAUGUUCGACGAAAUGGGUAAGAAAGAUUUGGUUUCUUGGAACGCGAUGAUUGCAAUAUAUGCAAAUAAUUCGAUGUCAGCAGAGGCAGUAGAGCUCUUCACAAGUAUGGAGAUGGCUGGAGUAGAACCCGACACGGUUACACUUGCCAGUGUUCUGCCUGCUUGUGGUGACUUGUCGGCUCUCUCUCUCGGAAAGAAAAUACAUGAAGUUAUCGAGAGGAAAAGAAUGCUCCCCAAUCUGGUGCUGGAGAAUGCUCUGGUGGAUGCGUACGCCAACUGUGGAAGUUUGGAUGCUGCAAGGGAGGUGUUUGAUGGUAUAAACGGGAAGGACGUAGUCUCUUGGACUUCCAUCGUAUCAGCCUAUGGGAUGCACGGGCAUGGCAAGAAAGCUAUCGCUCUCUUUGAGCAGAUGCGGAAAUCAGGCGUAAAACCUGAUCCUGUUGCCUUUAUCUCAAUUCUUUCUGCUUGCAGUCAUUCGGGACUGCUGAACGAGGGAAAAUACUACUUCAAGUGUAUGACAGAAUGCUAUCAUUUUGUUCCAAGGAUCGAGCACUAUGCUUGCAUGGUGGACCUCCUAGGCCGUUCUGGACAUGUUGAUGAGGCUUAUGAUUUCAUUCUGAAGAUGCCCAUAAAGCCGAACGAGAGAGUGUGGGGGGCAUUAUUAGGUGCUUGCAGGGUGCAUUCAAACAUGGAAAUCGGGUUGGCUGCUGCAGAUCAUUUAUUCAAAUUAGUUCCGGAGCAAUCUGUCUAUUAUGUGCUUUUGUCCAAUAUCUAUGCUAGAGCUGGAAGGUGGGAAGAUGUUAUGUCGGUGAGGAAUUUGAUGACCAACAAAGGAAUCAAGAAACUGCCUGGCUGUAGUAAUGUUGAGCUUUGGAACAAGGUACAUACCUUUCAUAUAGGUGAUAGGUCGCACCCACAAUCUAAAGAAAUCUAUGAGAAAUUGGAUGUUCUAAUGAGGAGGCUGAAGGAGUUGGGAUAUGUUACUGAGACCGAGACUGCUCUUCAUGACGUUGAGGAGGAAGACAAGGAGGGUCAUCUUUUGGUGCAUAGUGAAAAGCUAGCAAUCGCCUUUGUGCUCGUAAAUACUACCCCAAAAACCCCAAUCCGGAUAACGAUGAACCUUCGGAUGUGCGGGGAUUGUCACCGUGCUGCGAAGCUCAUUUCGAGCAUUGCUGAGCGCGAGAUUAUCAUCAAGGAUACUACGAUAUUUCACCAUUUUGAGCAUGGGGUUUGCGCAUGUGGAGAUUAUUGGUGAAAAAGGCCUAAUGGUUUGGAUCGGUGCAUAAGAUUCAUACCAGUGAAAACACAACGCAGAUUUCACCAUUAUGUGGUGAAAAAGAGAAAAUUUGGUUUCGGUGGCUACAGAAUUGUUUCGGAUGCUUGUGGCUUGGGCUUGGAUCCAUGUUUUACGGCAAAGCAGUUUGGAGAUGUUGGUGUCUAUUUGCUACGAAAAUAAACAAUUUAUCAGCUUUAUCUUCUAAUUUUCAAAGGAACAACAUGAUGCUUUUGGAGAAGGUGCAAGGAAUUUCUUGUGCUGAAACAUUAGGGCAAUAGAAAGAAGUUUGUCAAGAUGAUAUCAUCAUGUCUGAGAGUCAUUGUGUGCUUGCCAGCAUGACACUUCGACUCUUACACAGGAUCUUGUUUGUCAUAGGAUCUACAGCAACCUGAUACAUUUGGUUGUGUCAAUCUCUUGGUACUCAACGACACUAGCUUGUGGUCAAAAUUCCAGGCAGUGGUGAUCAGUCUGCUUCAACCUUUUACGUAUCGGCAAGUGAGUUUUCGCCUAAUACGGAUCACUAUUCGAAAGUUAUCAACAGCAUGGAAUCGAAAGGAAGUCUUGAGACUGCGGCCACUUUGAACUGCUAAAAUCCCUCAUGCAAGGGCAUCCUUUUCGUUUUGCCAUUCCUCACUCAGAGAGCAAGCAGCGUCAUGCUCGAUCGUCAAAUGUGUAUUUCUACUUAAUGAUCAACUAGGUUAUGGAUCUUCUGUUGUAUAACACAUCUAUUCCAAGGAGGGAUGAAAGAGGAUCAGAACUCCUUUCCGAUUUUGAUAAUUGUAUUUGGAUUCAAGUCUGAUGAGAUUCAUACAUAUACAACUAGUCAUCUGUAACACCCCGAAUCAA